UGGACUUGGUAAAGGUAAAACAGAGAAGCAGAGCAGGUUUUGCUUCUUUCCAUAUCCAAAACCACAACUUCCACCAAAAAUGAUGAUCAGAGUAUUUGAACUAUGUCUAAUGCUAGGUGCUCUCAUCAGGGUUGCAGCCGCCAGCAUGGGCGGUUUCAGCUUCAACGGAAAUAUAGAACUUGCCGGGGUAGCAGAGGUCUCUGCGGAUAAUCUCUUUAGGCUCACUAACACUACAUAUUUUUCAGUUGGUCGUGCUUUUUACGCUCAACCACAAACCGUCAAGAAUUCAUCAAACGGGAAGGCGUUCUCGUUUUCGACGACUUUUGUUUUCGCCAUUGUCACUGACGAGUCCAAAUUAAAUGGCCAUGGCAUGGCUUUUGUGAUUUCUCCCUCGAAGGAGUUAUCAUCCGGUGCAUCAUCCCAACAUCUGGGGUUAUUUAACCGCACAAAUAAUGGAAAUUCAUCCAAUCAUAUUGUUGCUGUUGAGCUCGACACAUUUCGAAACCAAGAGUUCAAUGAUAUCAAUGAUAACCAUGUUGGAAUUGACAUCAACAGCUUAACAUCGGUCAAAUCUUUCCCUGCAGGUUAUUUUGAAGAUGCAACUGGCGAAUUCCAGAAUCUGAGUAUGGUUAGUGGAGAACGAAUACAGGCAUGGGUGGAGUAUGAUGCUACAGUCAAUCAACUUAAUGUUACAUUAGCUCCGAUUCACCUUAGCAAACCAAGACUCCCGCUUUUGUCUUUGGAUAUAGACAUUUCACCAGUAAUAUUGGACCAGAUGUAUGUGGGGUUUUCUUCCGCCACUGGCCGACUAGUACAAUCUCAUUAUGUUCUGGGUUGGAGUUUUCAGAUGGAAGGGAAAGCUCAGCUUGAUCUAUCUCGACUGCCAUCUGUCCCUGGAAACCAGCAAUCUAAAAGCAGAAGCAAGGAAUUAGCAAUUGGAUUGUCCAUAUCUGGAGUUGUAUUGGCAGCCAUAAUAUUCUCCUUCAUUGUUUUUCUAUCUAUGAAAAGGAAAGACAAAUUCACUGAGAUAAUAGAAGAUUGGGAGGUUCAAUAUGGACCUCAUAGGUUCUCAUACAAGGACCUAUUUGCAGCUACCAAAGGAUUCAGAGAGACAGAGCUGCUUGGAAAGGGAGGUUUUGGAGAGGUAUACAAAGGUGUGCUUCCGGUAUCCAAAACCCAAGUUGCAGUUAAGAGGAUUUCUCACAACUCUAAACAAGGAAUGAAAGAAUUUGUAGCUGAGAUUGCAACCAUUGGCCGGCUACGACACCCCAAUUUGGUUCGACUACUUGGAUAUUGUCGCGGUGAAGGUCAGCUCCUUUUGGUCUAUGAUUACAUGCCUAACGCCAGUCUUGACAAAUUCAUCUAUAAUAAGGCACAAGUAACUGUUAAUUGGGUUCAAAGAUUUAAGAUUAUCAAAGAUGUUGCUUUAGCACUUACCUAUCUUCAUGAAGAAUGGGUUGAAGUUAUUGUUCAUAGAGAUAUAAAGGCCAGCAAUGUGUUAUUAGAUAGUGACUUGAGAGCGAAAUUGGGAGAUUUUGGGCUUGCAAGAAGUAGCAAACGCACACAGGAUCCUCAAACUACUCAUGUAGCCGGCACCUUUGGCUACAUUGCACCCGAGCUUGCAAAAAAUGGCAGGGCAACCCCAAGUACUGAUGUUUAUGCAUAUGGGGCAUUUUGCUUGGAAGUAGUAUGUGGUAGAAGGCCAGUGGAGUCACGAGUGUCACCGGAAGAGGUGGCAUUAGUGGAUUGGGUAUACCAGCGUUGGAGGGAAGGGAAAAUCUUGAGUACUGUGGAUCCCAAACUGAACAAAGAUAUCAAGAUUGAAGAGGCUGAACUAGUUUUGAAGCUUGGACUACUUUGUUCGCAUCCCAUGGCAGAAAUUAGGCCAAGGAUGUCACAAGUUCUGCAGUACCUCAAGGGCGAUGCUUCACUCCCUGAGAAUUUUGAUUUUCAUGUUCUGGGUCAAGAUCAGAAAGGAGAGUCCUAUAAACCUGCCAUAUUGAGUUAUAGUACACCUUCAAUUACAUUUACUGAAUCCUUCAAGUCUGUUGGUCGUUGACUAUGGUAAUCAGAUUGCGCAAGAAAAAGGUGAUGGAUAAUUGCACACCAAGCAUAAUUGAAGUGCGAAAUAGCUUUUACAGGUGAAGAUAUUUAGACAAUGUCUGAAAUCUUUUCUAUGUAUAUAAUAUCUGGACUUCAUUUCUCUCUC